CCACAGAAAGGCUAAAACGUGACGCAAAGAGUCAAAGAAUCAACAUUUCCUGCUGAGAAAGGUACGGCUUCAGCUUCAUCCCCUCCUUUCCUCCCUUGUUCUCUCCUUCUCACGCACACACGCACAAGGGGAAAGAGAGAUACAGUACUGAGAAAGAAGGCAAGAAAGAAGAAACUGAGAUAUGAAUUCCGAUGCAGAAGAGCAUAACACUGUACCAAAACUGCCCUUGUUGCUCUCAGUCCCAUCCAUGCCGUCACCGGAGCACUCCGGCGCCGCCACGCCUCCACUCCAUACCUUAGCUUCAGUCCCAUUCCGAUGGGAAGAAGAGCCUGGAAAGCCCAGGCCCUGUACUGCUCUCGUCCCCUUCGACAACAACCCCACUUGUGAUCUCCCCUCAAAGUCCUUGGAUUUGCCUCCAAGACUGCUCUUUGAAGCCAAACUCACCAAACUACUCUCACCCACUUCCGUCUUGGAGGGCUCUUCUGGGAGUAGCGACAGCUUUCGCUCUCCUCCUUCUUUCAGAGCGGCGGGUUCUUUCAGUGAUGAGAAGGGUAGGCUUGGAGCUCUGGUUCUCAACAGAGGAGGGCUCAGAGAUAAAGGAGGAGGGUGGUUUGGGUCUUGGAGGAAGAAGGGUUUGAGGGUCAGAAGAGAAGUGUCUUGGGGCAGUUAUGUCUUUCCAUCUUCUGCUGAUAAUAGGGACUGUGAUGAUGAUGCUGGUGUUAUUUGUGGAGGGACAAACAAGAUGAAACGAUCUGGCAGCUUUCCUAGCGCAUUCCAAGCCAAUUCUUGCGUCUGGACGACAAUCUCACAGAACUUGAAGCAGGUGGUUCCAUGGCGGAUUAAGAAGCAGAGGAAAGGUGGUAGUGGGUAUGAACUUAAGCUCUAGCUUUUUUUUUUUUUUUUAAAUUUUAUUUUAAUGUCUGUGGCACCAUGGUCGGGUCAAAAUCAAUUCUGUAAUGCUGUGUCAAACUAUCCACUGUCGGCUGUACAAUGUUAUCCUUUUAUGGAAGAUGAUGACAGCUCAGUUAUUGGAGGUGUGGCAUUGAGGACCAGUUUCAUCCACAGUUACAAAAACACAAUGCUGUAAUGUAAGGCUUAGGAUUCGAUUUUUGUUAGUGUGGAAGCCGUAGGUUUUCCCAUGUGACCUGGUUGUACAGGUUUUCCGACCUAUCCCAUCUGUGUUAUAUGUGUUAUAUGGCUCGUACAGCUAAGAGGAAACUCAAACCCGAAAUAUCCUCUUUCGAAUGACGGUGCAAUGCAAAUCAAUAAUUCUCUACUAA